AUGAUUCUAAGCCGCGAGGGGGCAGCUGUGCUGGCUGGUCGGCUAAGUGCCUCCUUGCAGCGCUUCUCUUCUUGGGCAGCGUCAGUGGGCAGGCUGAGCGGUGACUGGUGCUGGAGGCGACCUGGAGAAGAGGUGGUGGAGGAGCGCUCCUUCGACGACAUCCCCAACUACGAGCUGAACCACCUCAUCGUGGACGACCGCCACGGGGUCAUCUACUGCUACGUGCCCAAGGCGGCCUGCACCAACUGGAAGCGCGUCAUGAUCGUGCUCAGCGGCAGCCUCCUGGACCGCGGAGCGCCCUACCGCGACCCCCUGGACAUCCCCCGCGAGUUCGUGCACAACUCCAGCACGCACCUGACCUUCAGCAAGUUCUGGCGCCGCUACGGGAAGUUCUCGCGCCACCUCAUGAAGGUCAAGCUGAAGAAGUACACCAAGUUCCUGUUCGUGCGCGACCCCUUCGUGCGCCUCAUCUCCGCCUUCCGCAGCAAGUUCGAGCUGGAGAACGAGGAGUUCUACCGCAAGUUCGCGGUGCCCAUGCUCCGCGCCUACGCCAACCACACCAGCCUGCCCGCGUCCGUGCGCGAGGCCUUCGGCGCCGGCCUCCGCGUGUCCUCUCCAUCCACUGAGCCACACCGGCCAGGGCAGCAUAAGAACUCCUUUCUGAGCACCUGCUGGGCACCGGGCAUGAUUCUAAGCCGCGAGGGGGCAGCUGUGCUGGCUGGUCGGCUAAGUGCCUCCUUGCAGCGCUUCUCUUCUUGGGCAGCGUCAGUGGGCAGGCUGAGCGGUGACUGGUGCUGGAGGCGACCUGGAGAAGAGGUGGUGGAGGUGGGGAGCGCAGGUGGGCGUGACCAGGCGGCCUCCCUGAGGGGCGAGCUGUGA